GAGAAGGGAAAAAAAAAAAAAGAAGAAAAAACAAAAAAAAAAGGAUCGGAGAUUGAGGAGAAUCCACGGCUGAGGUCCCCAUGGCGGGCCGGAAGCGCGCUGCCGGUACCGCUCCCGGCCUCUCCUCGCCGUGGCCCGAGGAAGCGGGCGAGCGCGAGCAGGGCCUGUACUCCCUGCACCGCAUGUUCGACAUCGUGGGCGCGCAGCUGACGCACCGCGACGUCCGCGUGCUCUCCUUCCUCUUCGUCGACGUGCUGGACGAGGCCGAGCGCGGCCGCAUCCGCUCGGGCCGCGACUUCCUGCUGGCCCUGGAGCGGCAGGGCCGCUGCGACGAGAGCAACCUGCGGCAGCUGCUGCAGCUCCUGCGCAUCAUCACCCGCCACGACCUGCUGCCCUACGUCAGCCUCAAGCGCCGGCGCCCCGUGUGCCCGGACCUGGUGGACAAGUACCUGGAGGAGACGUCCAUCCGCUACGUCACCCCCCGCGCGCCCGGGGGCACCGCGCCCGGCCUGGGCCACCCCCACAAAUCAGUGCCUGCCCCCCACCCGUCCCUGUGCUGCCCCCCGGGGGGGGCCCAGCUGGGCCCGAAGCGCCCGGGCCGGGCCCGGAGCCUCCUCGGGAGCCAACGGAAACGGCGGAAGUCAGCGACCCCCGACCCCAAGGAGAAACAGACCUGCGACAUCCGCCUGCGCGUGCGCGCCGAGUACUGCCAGCACGACUCGGCCCUGCACGGCAACGUCUUCUCCAACAAGCAGGACCCUCUGGAGCGCCAAUUCGAGCGCUUCAACCAGGCCAACACCAUCCUCAAAUCCCGGGAUUUGGGCUCCAUCAUCUGCGACAUCAAAUUCUCGGAGCUCACCUACCUCGACGCCUUCUGGCGGGAUUACAUCAACGGCUCCCUCCUGGAAGCCCUCAAGGGCGUCUUCAUCACGGACUCGCUCAAACAGGCCGUGGGCCACGAGGCCAUCAAGCUGCUGGUCAACGUGGACGAGGAGGAUUACGAGCUGGGCCGCCAGAAACUCCUCAGGAACUUGAUGCUCCACACGGCUCCCUGAGGGAUCCAUCCCCAGUUGUUCUGUUGGUUUUUUUUUCCUGGGAUUUCCUGGGGUUUUUUUGCCCCCCUUUCUCACCCACUCCGACGCGCUCACGGAUUUGGGGAGGGUUGGAGGUUCGGGGGAUUUCGGGAUUUGGCGCUUUUUUGGGGGGGUCCUGAUGGGUUCUCCUUGUGUUUUCCAUGGAUUUCCCCUCCCGUUUUUUUCUUUUGUAUCCAUUAAAAACGGUGAUCAAAAGGCAAAAAUCCCAUUGGUGCGACAGGCUGGGAUUUGGGGAUGUGGAAUAUUCCAGAAUUCCUCCUCCUCGUGUUUUCCAUGGAUUUCCCCUCCCGUUUUUUCUUUUGUAUCCAUUAAAAACGGUGAUCAAAAGGCAAAAAUCCCAUUGGUGCGACAGGCUGGGAUUUGGGGAUGUGGAAUAUUCCAGAAUUCCUUGGAUUUUCCUAUUAAUUCCUCCUCCUUCUUGUGUUUUCCACGUUUUCUUCCUAUUUUCUUUUUUAUCCAUGGAAAAACCCCAUUGGUGCAGUGCAGUCGGAAUUGGGGAUUUCAGGUUUGGAAUAUUCUGGAUUGGAGGUGUGGGAUAUUCCAGGAUUUGGAGUUCCUGAUGGGUUCUCCUUGUGUUUUCCAUGGAUUUUCCCUCCCGUUUUUUCUUUUGUAUCCAUUAAAAACGGUGAUGAAAAGGCAAAAAUCCCAUGGGUGCGACAGGCUGGGAUUUGGGCAUGUGGAAUAUUCCAGAAUUCCUUGUUUUUUCCUGUUUACCUCCUUUUUCUCCUUGUGUUUUCCAUGUUUUUUCCCUAUUUUAUUUUUAUCCAUUAAAAACACCAACAAAAACACCAAAAUCCCUUCAGUGCAACACGCUGGGAUUUUGGAGCCCAGGAAUAAUGGAAUAUUCCAGAAUUCCCAUUUUCCCCUGUCAAUUCCUCCUUUCCCCUUGUGUUUUCCGUGAUUUUUCCCCGUUUUUUUGUUCUUUUUCAUCCAUUAAAAACAGCAGCAAAAAGGCCAAAAUCCCAUUGGUGCACUCAGAAUUGGGGAUUUGAGGUGUGGGAAGCAUUGGAAGGACGGAACAUUCCAGAAUUCCUCACUUUCCUCAUCAAUUCUUCUUUGUCCUCGUGUUUUCCGUGAUUUUUUUUUUUUUCCUCUUUUGUAUCCAUUAAAAGUGAUCAAAAAAAGGGCAAAAAUCUCAUUUUAAGAACCUGAGGGACACGCUGAGAUUUGGGGGAUUGGGGCUGUGGAAUAUUCCAGAAUUCCUCAUUUUCCUUUGUCAAAUUCCCCCUCCUUGUAUUUUCCAUGGUUUUUUUCCUCUCUUUUAUAUCCAUUAAAAACAACGGCGAAAAGCAAA